AUGGACGAGGGAAAGGUCUCCGCUAUCCAGUCCUGGCCCACUCCAUCAACAAUCAAAGAACUCCAACGCUUCCUAGGUUUCUCCAAUUUCUACCGCCGUUUUAUCAAGAAUUACAGUACCAUCGGAGCGAACAUCACAGUGCCUAGUCCACCACAGUGGUCUCCAGUCUUCAUUACCAACAGCCUGAGUGCUACACCUACUGACACCCCCAACCCAUGCAGCAGCUGGCAGAAGUCAGACAUCAGGCCAAACUGGAUUUCAACAAUUGUUAAGGAGAUCCUCAUCCAGCUCGAUUCUAUUAGAGAGCAGCAGUUGCUCAUCCUGGUGCAGCUCCAAAAAAUCUCCAGCAGUCAAGCAGUUCCAGACUUCACGCCAGACCCAACACAUUUUGGGCUCCCACUUUCAACUAUUGAGGAGCUACAAUGUUUGGAGGAGACAUUAAAGAAUCCAGAGGAGAAGAAGAAUUUGACUGUUCUUCUUGGAAUGGUCGGAGGCAUGACUCUUAAAGACACCAUGGGGUGGGUCCUGAAAAGAACAAUGAACUCUUCACUGGCGAGACUCAUUAAUUGGAGUGACAUCCCAGGGCUCUACAGUGCGACUGACCCGAUGGCCGGUUGCAUAAACCUUUAAGACUAGUCUUAAAAGUUAGUCAUGAUUUUUUUUCUUCAAGACUGAUCAUAAUUGUUUUAAGUAUGUUACAUAGAAAGGUAGAUUGGUCUAAUUUAAAUCCAAAUAAUAAGACUGAUUAGCCCUAAUUGCUAUUUAGUCAGACUACGUCACGGCUAUGUUUAUGCAACCGGCCACAGGUUCUAUGGGUGCACCCUCAGUUGACACUAAUAACAGCGUAUUGGCCAUUUUUAAAAUCUUAUUUUAGUUUUAAUAUUUCUAUUCUCAAACUCUAUUUAAAACAUUAACAUCAUAACAUUAUCAUGAAUUGAAAUGCAUUAAUGCCACUUCUGAGCCUCAUUAAACAGUCUGUAAAUAUAACUAAAUGCCACAUUUCUGUUAUAUGCCACCUCUGCAGUGCAAAGAUGAAUUAUUACAGUAUUUAUUUAUUAAUAAGAGAUGCCUCUUAUUAUUCUAACUCAAUUUAUGAAUUUGACAUUUAAUAAGGUUAAAAUUUUAUAGUCAAAUAUCUCCUUAU